CACACAGUUGGUUUGGUUCGUUUCUCUCUCUUCUACUUCUUCUUCCUUGUUUUCAACGUUGAAAUCGUAACUCAUUUCCUUCAAAGCCAACCCAUCUAUCCUUCAUCACUAGUGCUAACUCAGUUCUAAUACUGAAGUUUUCAAGGGUAUUGGACUUGGUGAUUUUAUGGAGUUUUUGUUCCACAUCUUAUGUCUGGCGUUCCAGGGGCUGUAGGCAAAAACUGGGUCUAUAUUAUUUUCGGUUAUAUAAUUAAUUUAUAGAGUAUAGUUUGGGAUCGACUUGUAAAGUUUCAAUCUUUGUGGGAAAUGAUGUCUCAGCAACAAAACCCAGCUACGGUUUCGCAAUCUCUGCUACAGCAAACGGGCUCUGAAGCAGAUAUUAAACCCUUCUCAAUAAGACAGUAUGUUCUUGCUUCCCGUCACAGAAGUAUCCUUCAUAGUUGGCCAUUUCCUGAAAAGUACUUGCAGAUGUGUCUUAACCGUGGUCUCAGGGAUGUGUUGCCACCCUUUGGACGCCAAACUUCACUUGCUGAAUCACUCAAAGGUUGUUCUAACUCAAUGCUUUUGCGAAAUGAUAGUAAAGAAGUUGAUUGUUGCAAAACUGAAGAACAUCAUCUCAUUGAGCAUCCACAAAAUAUAAAAAAUGAGUGUGACUUGUUCUCUGAUGGUGAAAGAUACAAAGUCACCACCAACCACAACCGGGACUGCCCUUCAUCACAUGAAGAGGGAAAUCAACAUAACUGCGGCGUUUCUGUCAAUUUAUCUCAAUCAGCAGAUACAUUUACCCUCCCUAGUUCGGUUAAUGUUCAUAAAAAUAGUUCAUCAUUGGCAUUAUCCAAGGUAACAAAAGAUAAACGCAGAAGGCGUAGAGGGAGAUGUAAGAAACGCUCAAUGGUGGAUAUUUUAGCUGUAGCACGACACUGUACUUUAGAGGAGAUCUAUAGGAUGAACAAGUUUUCUUUUACUGAAACUGUCAUAGAAGGAUGCCAGCAAAUAUUGCCUACUUUUGAAAAUAUUUCUAAAUCUGAGCUAGCAUGUGAGGAUUUAUAUGGAAAAGCUGAAAGUGCAGAUCAUGAAGUUGCUAAUGAUAGGACAGGAAAAGGAGCAUUGCUUCUUAAGUUCAAGCUCAAGGAAUGUAAUGUAAAUCGGAAUUGCUCAACAUAA